AUGUCUACAAGUAAAGCUAAACGGAAACUUCUCUCCGUAAAUUUUCUUCUACCUUACACUUACACCCCCUAUCUUCCUUCAAUCAUUUCAUUCUCAUCCUUUUCUCUCACCGCCUCUUUCUUUCUCUCUCUACUGUUGCACGCAAUUCCUCCGCCGUGCCUCAUGACCUCUACCCUCCCUUCCCCCUCCCCUUGGACCAAUUCAACCCCUUUCGUUUCCCCUCACAUGUCGGAAAAGUCUCAAAAUCUCGAUUCCGGUGAUCGGUCCUCUCUGUCGGACCUCUCCGAUAUCUCAGCUGCCGUCAACGACGCCAUUGAUGAUGAACGCCGUGAUCAGACCUCGGUUACCGACACUACUGCCGCCGCCGCUGCCGUGACUAGCGUGCAGAAUGUUGUUAACCCUAACCCUAAUUCAGUUUCCGUUCCUAUUGAUUCCUCUCCUCCGAAUGUCCUUUACCUGUCUUUCAACCAGGAUUACGGUUGCUUCGCUGCGGGAACCGAUCGUGGAUUCCGGAUCUACAACUGUGACCCGCUCCGUGAGAUUUUCCGUCGCGAUUUUAACGGCAGUGCUAAUGGUGGAGGUGGAAUUGGUGUUGUUCAGAUGCUUUUUCGGUGCAAUAUAUUGGCGUUGGUUGGUGGAGGUCCGGAACCUCAAUAUCCGUUGAAUAAGGUUAUGAUAUGGGAUGAUCAUCAAUCUAGGUGCAUCGGAGAGCUAUCUUUUCGAUCGGAGGUGAAAUCUGUGAGGCUCAGAAGAGAUAGAAUUGUGGUUGUUUUAGCUCAGAAGAUAUUUGUUUACAACUUUUCGGAUUUGAAGCUGUUGCAUCAGAUUGAGACAGUGGCGAAUCCCAAGGGACUGUGUGAGGUAUCACAGGUAUCGGGAUCAAUGGUUCUGGUUUGUCCGGGUUUACAGAAAGGUCAGGUGAGAGUGGAACAUUAUGCUUCUAAGAGGACUAAGUUUAUAAUGGCACAUGAUUCAAGGAUUGUGUGUUUCGCGCUCACAAAUGAUGGGAGGUUGCUGGCUACUUCAAGCAGUAAAGGGACUCUUGUUAGAGUGUUCAAUACUUUAGAUGGAUCUCUGGUUCAAGAGGUGAGGAGAGGCGCAGAUAGAGCAGAAAUUUAUAGCCUUGCUUUUUCUCCAACUGCACAAUGGCUAGCUGUUUCCAGUGAUAAAGGAACUGUCCAUGUGUUCAAUCUAAAGGUUGAUUCAGCAGCUUUAGGAGUUGAUAGACCAAGAGGGACAUCUGAGUCAAAUCCUUCAUCUCCAUCGGCUGUGUCACAUCUCUCCUUCAUCAAAGGUGUGCUACCAAAGUAUUUCAGCUCUGAGUGGUCUGUUGCGCAGUUCCGGUUGCAAGAAGGUCUGCAGCACAUUGUGGCCUUUGGUCACCAAAAGAAUACGGUUGUGAUUCUUGGCAUGGAUGGCAGUUUCUACCGCUGCCAGUUUGAUGCAGCAACUGGUGGGGAGAUGACCCUGUUGGAACAUCAUAGUUUCUUAAAGUCUGAGGAGAACUUCUAAUUCGGGAAAGCGAGCUGUGGGCAUGCUACAGUUCUCUGUUCUCUUUGCUACCCUAGUUCUUGUGUGGCCUUUGUUUUUACUGUAUCUAUUUAUGAAUUCUUAGACAUGGUAGUGGCUGUAAAUAUGCAUAUAUAAUCCAGAAAAAAAAUGUACAUAUAUAAGGUGAGAACGGGUCGGCCUUUGUAGCAACCAACUGGCUAUAUAGGUUACUGCUUUGUAUGUUGCCAAAUAACAAUAUCGUUGUGAAAAUGUCUGUCAUCUUAGUAGUA